GCACCAGAUAGUGUAAAUUAAAGAUAUAAACACAGUUGAUAGAAAAAUUAAAAGGCGACGAUUUUUGCUAAUCAUUUAAGAUUUGAAGGCUUGUAGGAAGCCUGAAAUGACAGGAAAAGAUAUAACCCGCAAAGCAGAAAGCAAGCGGUUCAUAUCUGGUGUCGUAGAGGGAUUUUAUGGCCGUCCAUGGAGUGCAGAUCAAAGAAAACUGCUCUUUAGUUGGAUGCAGAAAUCUGGGCUCAAUACCUACAUGUAUGCACCUAAAGAUGAUUAUAAACAUAGAGCCUACUGGCGAGAGCUCUAUUCUGUUGAGGAAGCUGAGAAUUUAACUAAUCUUAUAAGUGCAUCAAAAGAGAAAGAUGUGGUAUUUGUCUAUGCUGUAUCACCAGGCCUAGACAUCUCUUUCUCUAACGUCAAAGAUGUCCAGGCUUUAAAGAGAAAAUUAGAACAAGUUGCUACAUUUGGUUGUGAAGCCUUUGCCAUGUUAUUUGAUGAUAUAGAUCCAGAACUCUCAGAGGCAGACCGUAGUGCAUUCCAGUCUUUUGGUCUAGCACAGGUCUCUGUGUCCAAUGAAGUCUUUGAGCAUCUUCAUCAGCCUAAACUUUUUCUAUUCUGUCCCACAGAGUAUUGUGCCUCAAGAGCAGUUCCUAAUGUUGCCACCUCUGAAUAUCUCAAUACAAUUGGCUCAAAAUUACUACCAGGCAUAGACAUCAUGUGGACAGGCCCCAAGGUGGUGAGCAAAAAACUUACAGUUACUGCUCUUGAAGAAAUAGCUACAUCCUUGAAAAGACCAGCAGUAAUAUGGGACAACAUCCAUGCCAAUGACUAUGAUCCAAGACGAAUAUUUCUAGGCCCAUAUGAUGGCCGGUCUCCAGAAGUAAUUCCAUACAUUAAUGGUGUCAUGACAAAUCCAAACACAGAAUUUGAAGCCAACUUUAUGGCCAUCCACACCCUUGGCCAGUGGUGUCAAUCUAAUCCAAAUGGCGUAAAAAAAGACUUAAUCAAAGGUGAUCAGAUGAGUCCAGUGGCAUCGGACAUCAAACUAGAAACUGAAAGUGAUUACAUUUGUGAUGAGGAUAUACCAUCUCGUAUUGACAUAAGAUAUCAACCUAAGGCUGCUUUGAAAGCUGCCAUGCCUGACUGGCUUGCUGAGAUUCACUGUAGGCGAGAACCACCUCGUCACCCUUUCCCUCGGGUUAUACCCACAUAUUUACCAGGGGCCCUCAUGUCAUGCCCACCCGGUGUUUCAUCUUACCUUCCCCCAGGCCCACCUGUAGUUUUAAAUCCUUCCCCCCCACCAAGUAAUCUUCCUGGUGUUCCAUCUUGCCCCCCUGGAAACCCAACUAUUCCUCCAGGCAUCACACCCUUUACUUCAAACGUUCCAGCUGAACUUCCUUCUGCAGCACAGCCCUGCAUGAAUCCAUCAGAACUGGAAGCACCAUCAACACCACCAAACAAUUAUCUGCCUCCAUCCCCACCAGCCGGUCUGCCCAUGCCAGACAUCAUCAAGACUUGUUUAACUCCAUCCUACACCACUCAGACCAUAACCUCGGCAGUGGGUCUGACACCCCUUGCCACCAUCUGCACAAGUGCUCAAGCUCCUCUUCCUAUACCUACAUUCAUCCAGCCACCUAGCUUGCCAGUAAGCAGUUUAUUAGAACUGCCUCAGUCUGACUCCAUCUCUGAUACUGCUCUCUCCUCAGAAUCUGGUGCUGAACCAAUGGAAGUAGCAACAACUGGCCCACCUGAUAGUUCUGAAUCAUCCAGAAAUGUACCUGUACUGAACAAUUCAGUCAGCCAUACUCCAUCUCUUGAGAAACAAAACUCUUCAGACAGCUUGAUGCAAAUAGAAUCAGAUAUGAACGACAAAAAUGAAGACAGCAUAUUUAAUGACAGGGUGGACAAUGUUUUUUCUGAAGAGGAUGCCCUGUUGCUUGUAGAUUUAUUUUAUAUGCCCUUUGAACACGGUGCUCAAGGGCUGUUCUUUCUUCAGCGGCUUCAUUGGCUUCGCAACAAUGUUCAAUCAAUCAUCAGAGGAAAUGGCAGUGACACAAAUCAGUUUGAGGUGACUGAAUGGCAUCAUCUUGCUGAUGAGUUUUCUGCUAAAGUAGGUGAAGCUGUCAGCCUGCUGUCUAAAUUAACCAGUGGGCCAAAUAAAUCCUUCAUGUGUGAUAUGUAUUCCUACUUGUGGGACCUGAUCAGCAUACUCAAGAUUUGCAGGGCCUAUGUUCAGUGGCUAGCCAAAGGAUUAGCUACCCAGCCCUUGGCUCAACAGACUUUUAGCUGUGUUACAUGGUUUUCAAAGGGCUACAAAGAAGCAUUUAUGAGUGGUGACCAGGAGCCUUGGGUUUUUAGAGGAGGUCUGCAAGCAGAGCUUCAACGGCUGUUGCCCAUUGACAGUGCCCAUGACCUGUUCUACAUCAAACCUCCAGAUUACAUCAUAACAAAGACGUAUAACAUUAGGCCAUAUAAAGCAUUAGAUGAAGAUGCUGUGUAUCAGAUCUGCUUGAAGACAUGUGAUGAUGGCAUGGAUGGUACUGAUGUAUUCCCAAACAAUCCUCACAUAAUGGGAGACAAACUGAUUGGUAAGUUUGUAAAUUUGAGUUCUGACUACUGUUUUGUGAUAGAGGAUGAAGUUGGUGUUUGUGGCUAUGUUGUAGCUGCAGUGGAUGCUCAUGAUUUGAACAACAAAAGUAAAAUGGCCUGGGUACCAAGUGUCCAAGAAAAAUAUCCCCUGACAGAGAAGAAGGACCACUCCCCCAUUGAUGAUGUGAUACAGAGUUUCCACUCAGACCUCAACACCGUUUCUGAUGACAUACACUCCAAGUAUCCCUCAGUUCUACGCCUAGACAUACUACCCAGUAGAGUUGAAGAUCCUGCCCUUCCUCGGCGUCUCCUAGCAUGUGUCCUUUGUGCUCUCAAGUGCAGCGGCUCCAAGGGUGUCCACUGUGAACUCAAUGUUGGAGACAAGUUCAUGGUGGACUUCUAUGCCAAGCUGGGUUUUUUUGCUCUGACACCACUAGAAGGGCAUCCCAAUGAUAUUGUUUUCUUAGGUAGACCAAUUUAAAUAGGAAGUCCCUUGAUGGAGUACUUUCAGUCUCAUUUGCAAUGUUGUUUUUUUUUAAUUCUACGAUAUUCUCAUUACUUGAAGAGAUUUGUGCUAUGGAAAUUUAUCUAAGAUGGAUAUCUUUAGUCAGUUUUAUUGACUAUGAACAUAUUUUCAAACCUUUCCCAAUGGAAAGUGUAUGUAUGUAAUUUUAUAACAGUUGCUUAUAACUACUGGUAUUUGUUAUAUGUCAUUUAAUAUUUUUAUUUUAGCACAGAUCUAACCAGUUGUAUUUUGAUCUGCUAAUCAAAAGAAUGUAUUGUUUUUAAAUCUCUAAUUUAAGAUGACUGAUCUGAUUGUGCAUUGUUCCUAUUGAACAAGAAGUAACAAAUAGAAGUAUUACAUAUUUAUCUAAUGAAAUGUUCUCUAUGUCAUGGUCAAACAAGUCAAAUGUAUGGAAUCCAUGAACAGAUAUGCAGGUACAUAGAGAUAUGAACUAUUUAUAUGUCACUACAUUGUUUGGAGUGUGCAAUACUUUGUAUCAGUGUUACAGCCUCUUCCAUUACGUUAGUGCAUUUCAAGUCCAGUAGAAUUGAUGUAUAUUGUUUAUUUGGCCACUUUGUUAUGGUAUAGCUUUAUCCUUGAGCUGUUACAUACAUUUAUCUUGUAAGAUUUUGUUAAUUUUAUUUUAUAGCAUUAUGUUCAUUGUACAUACUUAAUAGAAUUUUGUUUAAAAAAAAAAGUUUUUCUACUGACUCAUGUGACUGUGAUUUUGUCCUGACCCCCUUGUGUUUUUUUAAUGAUGAAAAUUCAAGUGAUAAUAAAAUUGUCAUGGAAAAAAAA